AUGGUGGCUCACGACCUUGCGGAGGCCACACAGGUUUCUGGGCAGCGCUCGGUCCUCCACCCCCAACCCGGAAGCUUCCUUCGAAAUACAAGCUUUCCAAGCGUGCUAACUUGCUCCACGCGGCGCCCACCCAACCACAAUCCGCUGCAGAGGCGCAGGAACCCGAGGCUCACCGAGCACCGCCAGGCCCUGGCCGCCGCCAAGCACCGAGGCCCCGCGCCGCCCCCGGGGAGCCCGGAGCCCGGCCCGAGCCCGUGGGGCGAGGAACACCCGGGAGAGAGGAGCCCCCGCGGCUGGGAGAGGAGCGGCGACCGGAGCGACCCUUCCGGCGCGGACUCGGGGCGGCGGCCCGACCCGGAGGCCGAGGCGCCCCCCACGCGGAACAGCGAGAUCGCCCAGUGCAGCGCUGCCGAGACGGUGGUCGUCUCCAGGGCGGAUCCCAGAGACGAGAAGCUAGCCCUGUAUCUGGCCGAGGUGGAGAAGCAGGACAAGUAUCUGCGACAGAGAAAUAAAUACCGAUUCCACAUCAUUCCCGACGGCAACUGCCUCUACCGAGCUGUCAGCAAGACAGUGUACGGGGACCAGAGCCUGCACCGGGAGCUGAGAGAGCAGACGGUGCACUACAUCGCCGAUCAUCUCGACCACUUUAGCCCCCUGAUUGAGGGCGACGUGGGAGAAUUUAUCAUCGCUGCUGCCCAAGACGGGGCGUGGGCCGGGUACCCUGAGUUGCUGGCCAUGGGGCAGAUGCUGAAUGUGAAUAUACACUUAACUACUGGAGGGAGGUUGGAGAGCCCCACGGUGUCUACCAUGAUUCACUAUUUGGGCCCAGAGGAUUCCCUAAGGCCUAGUAUUUGGCUCAGUUGGCUCAGUAAUGGACACUAUGAUGCGGUAUUUGAUCACUCCUAUCCUAACCCAGAGUAUGACAAUUGGUGCAGACAAACUCAAGUGCAAAGAAAACGCGAUGAAGAACUUGCCAAAUCCAUGGCCAUAUCCCUGUCCAAAAUGUAUAUAGAACAAAAUGCAUGCUCUUGAAGUGUCUGGAAACCUUACACCCUGGGAAAAUUGCAUACAUGUGUUUGGAGAAUCACACGAACUCUAAUCAGGGUAAUAGCACUUUUAAACUUACUAGUAGGUUUUCUGUAGGUGUGAUGCCUUAAUCGUUUCUUUUGAAUGUUUCUUCAGAGUUGGAGGUUGCUGGGCACCUAAGUGAUGUUUCAUGAUAGCUUUGGGUGAUCCUACUGCUAUUUAUAAUUUGCUGUAUAAAGUGAGCACUACUUAAUUUGCAAGCUAAUUUCUCACAGUGUAAAUUUGUUCACUUCUGGUAGUCUAUUUUCUAUAAAAAUGUAUUUUUGCACAACAUUUUUAAAAAUUGGUGUACUUUCUCGUCAAUGAUGUGUUCAUUUUGACAAACGGCUUUCAGGCAUAAAUCCAGAGAAGUGCUUUAUAUGAUAUGAAGUUUAUUGUUUUGAACAGAUUUUGUGAUUUAGUAGUUAUUUUAUGUUUUGGAAAUUUGAAUUUUACAAUUCUUAGAUAAUUAUUUCAAGUGUAUAUUGAUACGUUCGUGUUACCAGAUGAUUGGCCCAUUCCAUUUUGAUGAAACAGAUUUGUCGUUUUGGAAAUCGUUAUUUUUCUAAAACUGGUCAAUCUUUAAAAAGAAGUACUUAAGAGAAGUUUGUGGAAAGAUUUUUAUUCUUUAAAGGAUAGUACCAAGUCUUACUUGAAUGAAAGUCUGAUAUUUGCUGAUGGCAAGAGAGAUUAUUCUGUAUUGUGGUUGAUGUUUAGAGUAGAUUGUCUGGUGCUCACAGUUGUUUUUAUUUACAUUUGUCAUUUUAUUAUAAAAGAAUUCUAACAGGGAAUAAAACUUUGUGACAAGAUAAGUUGCCUGCUUUAUAUAGUUUCUUGGAUUCAACUAAAAUGCCUGGAACCGACCUUGGCAUCUGUUUUAUAGCAGGAGAAUACUGUGUUAAUAUUCUUUUCCUUUUAAAUUUUUUCAAAAGGCAAAAUAGGAUGGCCCUCUGUUACGUAAAAAUGUCUAAACAGAGUUGUAUAGUUUGCUGGGUCAAACAGUGUUUUCAACCUAAAAUCUAUCUCAUUGCCACUUUAACUACUUUUAGUCAUAUUUAUUAAGUAAUGCAGUUUGUACUUUUUUAUUUUGUAACAUUUUGUGAUUUUUUUGUACAAUACUGUAUUUGUACAAUAGAGUAAUUCUCAGCUGAUGGAAUGAAUGAAUAAAAUGCAUAAUUUUACUUUUA